UUCGCAAAAUUUUUUGUUUAUAAGUAUGGUAAAAUUCGUAACUCAUUCGCCGUUUGAUAUAUUUUACGGGGCAAAAAGAAAAACAUUCAAGAAUUACUCGAAUUCACAUAUUAUUACUAUAGCAAAAUUUGACAAAUCGGAUAGUUAUACUUCAAAAGCUUUAAGGUUACGAGUAAACCCCAAAGGUGAUUUCGGCAAUAAAAAUAUAAAUAACCUGGAAGUACAAAGAAAUGGAAACUCUCACAAGAGUAAAUUAAAGAUCAAAGCGAGUGAAUAUUGGAGGAAUGUGCUCCGUAAUCAAUGGUUGUUAGUGUUACAAGGAAUUGUAAUAGUGAUAGUAAUUCUCACUAUUACGUUUGGAUAUGAGCAUAAAAAAGAUAUCGCUGACAACAGUCCUGUGGCACUCUGGCGUUCGAUUAUUGAGCGAUUACAAGAAACCACCAUCGACAUGAGAACGGAAUUACAAUCUUGUUACAAUACAGAAGUGAAUACUCAACAAAAGAGAAGAGCGAGCAUUCUAAAGCGAAGACGCAUUUUUAUGAAUGAAUAACUGACGUUUUUGUAA